UUUCUCAAGUCUUCCCCGCUGAAAUUUCCAAGUCAACUGGCGUGUUUUACUUUUGAAGAAGAAGCAACUCUGCUUCUAUAUUGAGAAGAACCAUGAAGAAACGUUAAGAGCUAGAGAAGUUUGGAAGAAUGGCUCGUUUGUGUUGUGUUUUGUUGUUUGUUGUCUUUCGUCUUUUACUUCUUGGCUUGGCUGAAGAAGAAAAGGGAAUCAAUAAAAAAUGUCCAAGUUUCUCUUGUGGUUUACUCGGCGAGAUCGGCUUCCCCUUCUCCAAUCGAACGCAUCCCGAGUGUGGCUUAUGCAUAGUGGAUGACUGUGACAAAUCGUUUCAGAAGAUUCAACUGGGGAGUCAUGGGCCACAGUUUUAUGUUUCAAGCAUCUCUCAGGAUAAUAUGGUCACGGUUCGUGAGCAAGAAUAUCCAAAUCAGUUCAACAAUAGUAGCUGCGGAUCCUUAACAAAUUUGAGUCUUCCUAUCACUCCUUUUCUCUCUUUUGAAAAUCCCUACAACCAAAACAUAUUCAGAUGCCCCCUCCAUUAUGUAAAGCCCACAAAUUCCGGUUUGGUUUGCAAUGACUCCAAACACUUGUUUUUAUACUAUCUCCCAACUACUAAAUUGCCAAGUUCUAUAUCUCAAUCAUGUUCACUUAUUCCCUUCCAUGUGAUUAAGACACAACACAGUGUUGAAUUUUACAAUUUGUCAACUAAUGAAUUCGCCCUGGAAGUAAAUGUGACAAAAGAAUGUCAUAAUUGUUUUAAGGCGGGAGGGCAAUGCCAAACUGAUGGUGACGGAAAGUUUAAUUGUUCAGUGACAGUAAGAACAGGAGAUGAGAAAUUGGGAUUGAAGCUAGGCAUCGGACUUGGCAUCUUAGUCACUGCAACUAGCAUAUUGGUAAUUCUGGCCUUUUACUUCUGGAGAAAAUUGUCCUCUCAAAUAAUGUCAUGGUUCUUCUGGAAGAAGAAAACAAAGAAUCACCUAAACAUUGAGGCAUUUUUAAGGAAUCAUGGAUCCCAUUUUCCUAAAAGAUACAGCUAUUCAGAUAUUAUAAAAGUGACCAAUUCAUUUAGACACAAACUUGGUCAAGGAGGAUAUGGAGGUGUUUAUAAAGGUAGGCUACUUGAUGGUCGCUAUGUAGCGGUGAAGAAUUUAAUUGAUUCCAAAGGUAAUGGUGAAGAAUUUAUCAAUGAGGUUGCUAGCAUUAGUAGGACUUCCCAUGUCAAUAUUGUCACUCUUUUAGGUUUCUGUUUUGAGGGUCGUACAAGAGCUCUCAUCUACGAGUUUAUGUCAAAUGGAUCUCUUGAUAAAUUCAUAGAUGAGAAGAAUCCAUUGAAGGUUGAUCAUCAAUUGAAGUGGAGAACAUUGUACCAAAUUGUGGUAGGCAUAGCCCGAGGGUUAGAGUAUUUACACCGCGGUUGUAACAUACGAAUUUUGCACUUUGACAUAAAACCUCAUAACAUUCUCCUCAAUGAAAAUUUUUGUCCGAAAAUCUCUGAUUUUGGUCUUGCUAAAAUUUGCCCCCAGAAAGAGAGUAUUAUAUCAAUGACAGGUGCACAUGGGACAAUUGGUUAUAUUGCUCCAGAAGUAUUUUCUAGAAACUUUGGAGCAGUCUCUUACAAAUCAGAUGUUUAUAGCUAUGGAAUGAUGGUUAUAGAAAUGACAGGAGGAAGACAAAAUAACAAUGUGGGAGUUGAUAAUAGCAGUGAAUUAUAUUUUCCGCAAUGGAUUUAUCAGCGUCUUGAAGUAGGUGAAGAACUUGGACUGCUAGGCAUUUCAAAUGAAGAAGAUAAAGAAUGUGUAAGGAAGAUGAUUAUAGUGAGCUUGUGGUGCAUACAGACUAAUCCUUCGAACCGGCCAACAAUGAGUAGAGUAGUGGAGAUGUUGGAAGGGAGCAUCAAUUCCUUGCAAAUUCCACCCAAGCCUUUCCUGUCUUCACCGGGAUCAGCCCCAAGAGAUUCUUCAAUUAACCUACUAAGUUAAGUAGUUCCUGAAAUGAUGUAUUAAUCAACAUGCAUAUCUUCAUACUAAGAAGUGACUUCAGAUGUAUUAGUAAAUUUUCAAAUUUUUUCUGUUGAUUAAAACCUCUGCUUUUUAACUCUGUUCUGGUCAUAGGCACUAAAUGAUCACUGGCUUGCUUUGCUCC